UCCUUUUUCCUACCUACAGCUCUUUCUAUCUUUGAAAACAUAGUUUUUUCUCUUUCUAGUGAGGUUUUUAUUUUCCUAAAGAAAGUAACAAUCCUGACGUGAAGGAUAUGGCAGGUGAUGCAGGGAGGAAGGAAGAAGAGAUUUCGAAGGUGAAAAUCAGAAGCAAAACCCAUGUCAAGCCUGGAAAGAUUAUAGGGAGAAAAGAAUGUCAAUUGGUCACAUUUGACCUUCCAUAUCUGGCAUUCUAUUAUAACCAGAAGUUGUUGUUUUACAAGGGUGGGGAAUUCGAGGAGCAGGUGGAAAAACUCAAGGAUGGGCUGAGGGUAAUUUUGGAGGAGUUUUAUCAGCUUGGAGGCAAGCUUGGAAAAGAUGAAGAAGGGGUUUUCAGGGUGGAGUAUGAUGAUGAUAUGGAGGGUGUUGAGGUGUUGGAAGCCAUCGCCGAUGGGCUGGCCGUGGACCAACUUGCGGCUGAUGAAAGCACAAGCUCUUUCAAGGACUUGAUACCCUACAACGGUGUCCUCAACUUGACGGGCUUACACAGGCCUCUACUGUCGGUGCAGUUAACGAAGUUGAAAGACGGACUAGCAAUGGGUUGUGCGUUCAACCACGCCAUCCUUGAUGGAACCUCAACUUGGCAUUUCAUGAGCUCGUGGGCUCAAAUCUGUCGCGGCUCAAACUCGAUUGCAGCCCCACCGUUCCUGGAGCGGACCAAAGCCCGAACCACCCGCGUGAAACUGGAACUCUCGUUCCCACCCAACCCAGUCGCUUCAUCCAACGGCCACACCGACCAAGCCCCGCAACUGAGGGAGAAAUUCUUCAGGUUUUCCGAAGCUGCCAUCGACAAGAUCAAGUCCAAAGUCAACUCCAACCAACCAUCCGCUGCCUCUAAACCAUUUUCUACUUUUCAAUCUCUAGCUGUCCACAUUUGGCAACAUGUAACCCAAGCACGUUGCCUUAAACCUGAAGACUACACCGUUUUCACCGUCUUUGCAGAUUGUCGUAAAAGGGUUGAUCCACCCAUGCCCGAUAGUUACUUCGGCAACCUGAUACAAGCCAUCUUCACCGUCACGGCUGCCGGGUUAUUGCUGGCGAACCCAUCGCAUUUCGGUGCGUCGGUAAUACAAAAAGCUAUCGAAGCACACAAUGCUAAGGCCAUCGAGGAACGUAACAAGGAGUGGGAAGCAGCGCCCAAGAUCUUCGAAUUCAAAGAUGCUGGAGUCAACUGUGUGGCAGUUGGGAGCUCCCCCAGGUUUAAGGUUUACGAUGUGGACUUUGGGUGGGGAAAACCGGAAGGAGUGAGGAGUGGUUCCAACAACAGGUUCGAUGGGAUGGUUUAUUUGUAUCAAGGGAAGAGCGGCGGGAGGAGCAUUGAUGUGGAGAUCACUUUGGAAGCUGGAACCAUGAAGUUGUUGGAGAAAGAUAAGGAGUUUCUCAUGCAAGUCUAGUCACUCACAGAUUGAAUAUUAGAUCAAGAGGGUGGCAUGCAUUUUAAGAUAUAUUUUUAUCAAAUUAUAACCUUGGAUGGCAAGUAGGUUUUUAGGUAAAAUAAAGCAUAGUUACACCAACAUAUACCUUAUGCAAUACCAAUAUUCUCCCACUCAUUUGUCAAAAGAAAUAAAUUAUCCUACCCAAUUAAAUUAUAAACAUUAUUUUAAUUUA